AAAGUUCAGCAUCAAACUUUGAUUGGCAUUACUUUUGUUGCCUAACAGACAACCGAUCAAUGAUUUAAAGUAUAGUGUUACAGUUGACAGAGAUCCCCAAGAAAUUCAAUAUUCAGCAAUAGCUAUAAGUACGUAAUGAAAACAAAACAUAAACUACUAAAAAUUAGAAUGGUGCGAUAUGUGAAAUCUUGGAAGUUUUCGGGGCUUGAGGGGUAGGGAAAUAAUCAAGAAUCCCGCCUUUCAGCGCCAUUGCUGUGACGCGCACUCGUGUUUCGAACUCCUUUAGUGACGACCGCCCUAAAAUUUUGACGUGGCUACUACGUAUCGCCCGUUUAUCCAGUCCGAUUGCAGCAAAGUUGGUGACGAGGAAUACGUAACUGGUGUUCCAUAUAGGAGGCAAUGGAGACUAUUGUCGAGGAGAAAUGUCAAGUUGACCCACUUGCUCCAUCCCCGGAUCCCCAGGGUGGUAUAGCAUCGGUAGGCGUCAAUAACUCGCAGCCCCAUCUGGUGACAGCAACUAAUAUUGUUCAGCUCACCUUACCUUCUCAUACACAAGCACAGGUACAAAGUGUCAUACAGCCAAACCAACAAUCUGUUAUUCAAACAGCGGCCAAUUUACAACCUAUGCUUAGUAAAGGAAAUGUUAUAUUAGUCAGUAGUAAACCCAAUUCGGUUAUUCAUACUACACAAGGGAGUUUGCAAACUUUACGGGUUGUCGAAGCUGGUAGUGACGAUAGUUUCUCAGAGGAAGAAUCUCCUAAAAAGCGAAGGGAUUUGUUAACUAGAAGGCCAUCAUAUAGGAAAAUACUCAACGAUCUUGGAGGGGGUGAGAUUGCUGAAGGAAAAGUCGAGCAAACUUCUUCAGAGGCCGAUAGUGAGUUGUCAUCUCACUCAAUCCCAUACCACACAGUACUGCCUGCAACGGCUUUACAGAUAACAAGUGGAGACGGAGGACAAGGCAUACAAACAUUAACAAUGACAAACGCAACUGCAGGUGGGGCCAUAGUACAGUAUGCCCAGGGCCAGGAGUUUUUCGUACCUGGUAAGGAUGUUUCACUUUUCAUCGAUAGUUACCCAGAAGUUAAAAGUGAAAGCCCUGAAAAUUCCGAAUUCCCUGUGCGUUUCAAAAGUUCCCCUGGUAGUCCAGAUUCUUAUUCUUAUUCACCAGUUGUUGCCCAAAGCGGUAAUAUAUCUGGAGGUGGAGGUGAGGAUCAAGCAAGGAAGCGAGAGAUGAGACUUCUCAAAAAUCGUGAAGCAGCCAGGGAGUGCAGGAGGAAGAAGAAAGAAUACAUAAAGUGUUUGGAAAAUCGAGUGGCAGUGCUAGAAAAUCAAAACCAAACUUUGAUUGAAGAGCUGAAAUCUCUCAAAGAACUCUACUGUCAGCAAAAAACUGAAUGAAAUACGUGCAAUUAUUACACUAAGGUGAUGGACUUGACGUUUGUGCUGGUCUUGAAAAGCCUAGCCAGUUUAUGAGCUAGAGAGUGGGCCUUACACCCAUCCUGGUCGAGUAAUAUAAAGGUGAAUUGGUGAAAGGGAAACAAAAUCUGAGAAAUGCAGAAACUCGCAUUUUUGAAAUUCGAUGCAUUUUGUUGGGUAUUUGUUGUGGAAAGAAGUGCUGUUUGCUUUCAAGUGAGAAGAAGUGGUACUAUUCAUCAACUUCAGUAGUCAUCGAAACUGAAAAUGUUUAUUUUGUAGCCCCUUGAUAUCAGUUUUAUACAAACAUGAACAAGGAUUCAGAAUCUACUCUUGAUUGAAUCAAUUUGUGUUGAUUAUUUUGUUUGGAGGUAAGAAUAUUGGGAAGUUAUUUUAUGUUCAAUAUGUUUUUCUCAACAAUUUCAAGUGUAACUUAUUGCGAGUGAGAGGGGAAGAUGAUCGAGUAAUUGAGUUGAAUUAUAAUGGAAAAAUUUUGUUUUUUCAUGAUAUUCAUUGGGUGUUACACACAGAAACCAAUUCCAUUCUGUUUGGUAAAGGCUUUAUUGUUGAUGAACCAGCAAUAGGAGGCGGAUGCUAAAAAAUCUUUUUUGUUUUUUUGUUUUUCUAUAGAAUAUGCAUGCCUCUUUUUAAAAGAAAAUUAAUUCUUGAAUAGUUCACAACUAAUAUAGAAAAUAAAAAUUUCAAACAUUAGAAGAGGCAGUUGUAAUUUUUGCUGUAAUUUUUUGAAAAUCUGCUUUGCAGAAAAUAAUAAAUUGGAGCUAUCCCUUUCUCCUUAAAAACUUUAGGAGUAACAUCUAAAUUUCUCAGGGGAUUAACUCACAAAAGCUCCAAAUAUAGUCCUGCCUUUCUGAUUUUAAUUAUUAUUUUGUAAUAGAUAUUGAUAAUGGGAAGUCCUCAAAUUGAUGUAUAUGCAUUAUGGAAUAUUUUUGCUUCAAUAAUGGCUAGUUUAUAUAUCAUGAUUUCUAUCUUUAAUCUUCAUGGAAGCUGGCGUAUUGUCUAUCAUAAAAAAAUACAGCAGUGUAUUUUCAUAUAUUUUUUUUUAAUUCACAAGAUUGAAGAACACCAAUUUUUUUUAAUGUUGAAAAUUCUCACUGUUAAAUGUUGUUUGUAAAUAGAAACUAUUCUUAGAUUUGGACCCAAAGCCAUCUACACCGAAAUGAAUUUUUUUCUAGUUUUUUUUUGUAGUACUGCCUCUGUUAUUCACAGAAUAUACUUUUUCUACUUCACUUUAUUUAAAUAAUUAUAAUUUUAAUAGGUUCUCGAAAAUUUUAUAAAGAAAAGACAUUUUUCUAAGUGUAGAUGGUUCAACUUGCACGUCUAAGUUCAGUUUGUACUGUAUUAAAAAGGGUAGUAAAAAAUUACAUUUUUUAUAUGUGAUCUCUACUAUUUGAUAAACAAAGUAUGCAAUUAGACUUUGUAUUUUGGGCUAGACAAGGCACCAACUUUAUGAAAAAUGAAUUUUUCUGGGAAAUCAGUGAGUAUAUUGAGCAGACUGUAUGGCGGACACUGUAUAAACGUAUUUGUAUCAUUUUUCAUUUGGAAAAACAACAAUUGUAAUUUUCCCGAUAUUUUUAUCAACCAAAACGUCAAACUAAUUAUACUUUUAUUUUAUUUAUAAUCACCAAAGAAAUUAUUUUUGCAAAUAUUUGCCGGCAUUGUUAUGGUUCAUAAAAUGGGUAAAAGGGUUUAUUGUUGAUCUGUUUCUUGAUUUAUUAUUAUUGAAACAAUUUAUGAAUAUCUUCAUAUGCCAAGCUUUAAAAAAAUUAAAUGAUUUUAAACCGGAAAUAUUAUAAUAUUGAUCUAAGUGUGGUUUUGAAUAUUAUAAUACUUCUGUUUCUUCAUUAAUCAAAACCAAAUAUUACUAAAGUUGUUUUCUACCUUGCAAAUCAUUGUAUAUUUAAUAUUAGUAUUUAUAUGAAGGAAAAAAGGCUUGUGAAAAGUGAUGUAAAUUUUAUUGGAAAGCCAAUGUAAUUGAGGAAAGUGUAUGGAAAAAUGUAAAAUAACAGUUAGGUAUUUAUUGUGAAUUUGAUUCCUUCAAAAGUAUUAUCUGUUAUUUAUAUCUACUAACAAUUUGAAUAAUCACAUUUCGGAAUCUUUCAGAAAUUUGAAUUGGUAAUGUACCUACUUUAUUUGAAAAGUAUUCUAGAACUAUGCUCUCAUAGACGUUAUAUGAAUGAAAAAUUAUUAAUUGGGUGGUGUUGAAUUAUUGCCUUUACUAGUUGACCAUUUCAAACGAGUUGUUGUGGAGAUCAUCCUCAUGCUAAAUAUUUUAUUCUGGAAAAAAUCCGAUCAGACCAAUAAAUUUGCUUGAGAUAACACACUCGUGUGACAAUUUUUCAAUAAAAAUCAAAUUCAAAGUAGUCAUUAACAAUAAAAAACGGUACAUCUUCAUAUCUGAAAUUUAAUUUGGGCUUAAAAAAAAUUAAAAAAAUGUAAAACUAAAAACUGUCCCACUAUAUGGAGUUGAAAGAUUUUAGAUUCAAAAUCAGAAUUUUCUUAAGUGUUCAGGUGUCAACUUGGAACGGGAGUUACUAAAGAUGUACUUCACUGCAGCAAAUGCUCUUUUAAGACUAACCUGCGUAGUUGAUUCCUCAUGCACAACUAAAUCGAUUUUAUAUUGAAAAAAUGUGUAGAUGCAUUAAUAAUGCAGACAUAUUAAUAUAUGGACUUUAUUUUAAAUGCAAUUUGUCAUUCGGUGAGUGAUCAUUAUUUUUAAUCGAAUCAAAGAUCGAUUUAAGUGUUUAUUAUUCAUUUAUUAUUAUAAAUCAAGAAUGAUUAUUGAAUUCAAUAAUAAUUAUAUGAUUUUCUUGAAAAAAAUAAUUAUUAAUUUUAAACUCUGUUUAAAAAUCAUAAUGGGAACUUCAUUAGUAUUUUUCAAUGUGCUUUUGUUUUAAUAUUUUGAAAUGGAAAAUAUACUGGUCAUCUCAGUAAAAAAAAAUUAUAGAAUUUCUUUACGUCUAAAGAUAUCAUCUUUGAAUUGCAGCACUAAUUCAAACUAAAUAUUAUUUUGUUCAUUGCCAGGAAAUAUAAGGACAAGUUUCUGUGGAUGUAGUCUGAAUUUUCCCAACAAUUUGUUUUAUUGGACCAAACUGGUAAGGGUUCCAGUAUUUGUCUGCGAAUUUGGGUUCAGUAACUGUACUACCCAUAAAUUGUCGAAUAUUUUCCAAUUAUAAGUUUUUUCAUUCAUCAAAGUAUACCAUUGCUAUUCUAUUUUCCAUUUGUAUUCCAUUUAAUUCUGAAAAUAGCUUUUGAGUAUUUUUGAAGGUAUUGCAUUCUGUCCAAGACCUGUGGAGUGCCUUGUAGAUUUAGUUUGGAGUGUAUUUCGUAACAUCUACAAAACUUUAUUAAGUGCCAUUUUGAGUGCAAUUUUUAUUGGAGUUGCUCUAAAUUCUCGCAAGAUGUUACGAUGAUCACGAAAAAUGCAGAAAACAAUGGUCUAACAAAAAAAAAACUGUAAAUAGUCUAUGUGAUGUAUAUGUAUUUUUACAUAUCAGAAUAUCUAACUACUUUUGCACAGCCAAAGACACCUAAAAUCCUAAAUUUGUGAAAAAAUCAACUUAUUUUUACAUAAUUGUUGCCUUGUCGGUAUUGAAAGGAACAUGACUGAAAUAUCAAGAUAUUUUUAAUGCUUUGACUUCAGUGAUCAGACACAUUUAAAAGAGUAUUUUGUGAACUCUUCCCAACACUUUCAAAUAUAUAUGAAAUUUAGUUUUUUCGUAGAACAGUCUUAAUAUUUUUUUUAAUCAUGGUUUUUAUUCACUAGAAUCAAGUAUUCAAUCUUCAUCGUCUUGGCAAUUCAGUUCUUUCUAUAUCGAGGGAAAAUAUGUUUGUACUAUAUUUAUUCUCUUGCUAUUUUUGGUUGGUAGCCAUUUGUAGUUAGGAAAAUUUGUAAAUAAGAUUAUUACUAGAUGUUAUAAGUAUUAGUUGAAAACUGAUUUAUUGAAUAAAAUGAUAUUUUAGUUCA